AUGUCUGCCUUCAAUAAGUUUUAUUCGAACUUUGCAGCUAACAGUUUUGAUAUUAAAUAACAAUAUCAACAAAAAAACCCAGAGGACGAAAUUCCACAACAAAGAAAAUAAAUUUAUGAAAUGAAUAAUCCAAUCGAAAUUAAGUAUGGAUAUUAAGACCAAAGCUCUUUGGUGUUCUAAAUUAAUAAAAACUUUCCAAGUUAGCCUGAUUUCAAAGUUGGAGUGGAUUUAAUAUAUAUAAUUGACAUUAGUUAUUCAUUAAAUGAUGAGACCUUGGAGAAAAUCAAGUCAGCCUUAAAGUGCUUAGUUAAUUACUUAAGUGAUUAAGAUAGAUUAUGCAUUAUCACUCAUAGCAAUAAAGCUUGUUAACUGUUUCCUUUAAUUCCACUCAGUGAAAAAAAUCGAUUGAAGGUAAUUAACAAAAUAGAACAAAUCACUAUAAAUAAAGGAAAUUCUAUUAUUUUCAGCGCUCUCUAGAUGACGAGUUUAAUUUUGGAAUCAAGACAAUUUAAAAACCAAAUUACUAAUGUCAAUAUAAUCAGUUAAGACUAAGAUUUAAGAAAGUUUAGCAACGAUUUCAAAUAAAUCUUUUAAAAUGAAAAGGCUUUUAAAUUGAAAACCUUUUUGUUGAUUUCUAAAGAUUUCAUCUAAUAUUUUUAGAAAAAGAAAAGAGAAAGUCAAAAAUUUGGACGAUAUCACAUUAUUAGGAAGUUUGAUUAACUAUCUUCAUUACUAUGUUUCGAAACAGUGAGACUUCAAUAGACUGUGAUUUUGAAUCUAGAAAUAAGGGUGAAGACUCAUAAAAAUAAUCCAAUUUAAAUAUAAGAAUGUAAAGGUGGUAAAUUCAUUUAUGUUAACCCAAAUGAAAUUCACAUCAAAAAGAAAAUAGUUUCUAUUGGGUAUAAUAAAAUUCAUUUGGUUGGCAUUGGAAAUAGUGCCACUUCUGAUGGUGGUGAAAUUUGUAAUAUCUAAGUAUCUUUCUAACAAAUAUACUCUAACCAUCAAUAAAAAUACGUCAUUCCAAUCUAUCCAUAAUCUCAGAAGAACAAUAUUUUAGAUGAAACUGUCAUGGUUCAAAUAUACAAGCUGAAAUCUAGAUGUGAAAUGAAUGAAGCCAUGCUAUACUACGAUCCAUAUAGAAUUUAAGAUUGCAUUGAAAUUAUAGAAAUGUUCCAAUCAGAAGUAGCAAAUCUACCUGACGGAAUAAAACAAUAGUUAAACGUCGAAAUGCAAUAAUUUGAACUAGCCCUAUCUUAAUACAAGCACAAUCCAGCCUAAUAGAUAGAGAAUCCAUUUACUAAACUAGACUAAUAGAGUAAGAAAUUAAAAUUCAAAGUUUUUGACAAUCUUUGA